AUGCGUACACAUGACACUUCCCCCAGCCACAGGGCAUGUUCUGCGUUUCCCUUCCUGACGCUGUCGGAAUUUGAAGAGGCAUGUCAAGCUCUCGCUGAUCGAUGCACUUCGGCCCAAGAUGGCUGGUCUAUUCGACUGCUCACAAAGCCAGGUACUGGCUUCAGAAUAACAAAAUACAUUGCCAGCUCAGAAGCCACAGAUCUAGAUUCUCAAGAAGACGAUCCGGUAUGCAGAUUUCCAGCCCCAAGGGAACGUGUCCACUUAUGUGACCCUUCACCGCAGGAAGCUCUCGUUCGCACCCAGCCCAGCUUACAGGUAGACUAUGACAUCGUGUGGUCCCCCACAUAUCAGGUCCCCGUCUUGUACUUCGGGUUGAGGUCGCACAGCCACGGCCCACUCGGACUAGACGAGGUCUACCAAUAUGUGGUGCCGGAACAGUACAGGCAACAGUUGAAGAAUGUGGGUGUCAUGGGUGGGAUUAGUAUGGGUUACCAUCCAGAUUCUGGUGCCCCGGCCUUUUUCGUCCACCCGUGCAAUACCGCAGAUGCUAUAGCGCAUCUGGCAGAUGCACAGAGCGUCAGUCCUGGGUCAUAUCUCCUCAUCUGGCUCGGCCUUGUUGGCCAUUGCGUGAACCUGCACGUGCCACGCGAGCUUGUUGCUUAG